CAGGUGUAAAUUACUUUCGACACGAUGGGAAGGGGAAAAGAAUGAACGGUUUUUGCAUGUAUUUAGAAGCAAGUUACACUAGAUGGAAGGUCUCCUUCUACGACAAUUGUCCGUCUUGCUGGCAUUGCAAGCUUGGCAUGUGCGGACUUCGGAGUUGCUCCCAUAGGUGGAGACAGGGCACGGCUCCUUCCCUGUCCAUCACCUACCUGCAAGUAUGCCGUACCUCAAAGGAUGUCUUCGUAGAGUACCAACUUCAUUGCUCAUUGUCACGGACUUGAGGCUAAGACCGAGGCCGAGCCGCGGCCAGCAUGGUGUACAUAAGUAAGGCGUCCCCAGGCUUCAGCGAGAGCUGGAAACGCACGCAAUCGUAGACAUAGCCGCGGCUUCCAUGAACAUAACGGUCGCUUUUGCU